GUAAUGUGUGUCCUGCCCGCCGUGUAGUCUUUGUCAGUCUCACUGCUUCCAGCUCGGAGCGACAAGGGAGGGAAGGGAACUUCUCCGCAGGGACAGGCUGAAGGAAAGGCGCCCUGAUCCUGCAAAGGAAGGGGAUGCCAUUUGCAUUGCGAGGACUUCUGUACGAGUCAGGAGAGUCGAACCGGGAUGGCAGAGAAAAGGCGAUCGCCUUGUACAAUGAGCUUGAAGGCUCACGCUUUCUCUGUGGAGGCGCUCAUAGGAGCAGAGAAGCAGCAGCAGAAGAAGAAACGCAAAAGAACUGAAGACGCUGCUGCGGAGACGGUUGUACCAGCGGAUGGGGCCGAUGUUGCCUCAACUCUGCACCUCCAGCAGCCUGGACCCCCUGAGCUGGAGCACUCAGUAUGCAGCAUCCUGGCUUCAUCACCUUGUGAAGACACUUAUGGAGGAUUGAAGUCUGGAAAUGGACCUUGUCGCUCUCCCAUCACACCCCAGGCGGUGCCAGCACAAACAGCUCUAGUCCGUGUGGACCUUCAGGGAGCAGAACUGUGGAAACGCUUCCAUGAGAUUGGCACAGAGAUGAUCAUCACCAAGGCCGGGAGGAGGAUGUUUCCAGCCAUGAGAGUGAAAAUCACCGGGCUAGACCCUCACCAACAAUACUACAUUGCCAUGGAUAUAGUGCCUGUGGACAAUAAAAGAUACCGCUACGUGUAUCACAGUUCGAAAUGGAUGGUGGCCGGUAAUGCAGAUUCUCCUGUGCCCCCUCGUGUUUAUAUACACCCAGACUCCCCAGCCUCAGGGGAAACAUGGAUGAGACAAGUCAUAAGCUUCGACAAACUGAAACUCACCAAUAAUGAACUUGACGAUCAAGGCCAUAUCAUCCUUCAUUCGAUGCAUAAAUACCAGCCCCGUGUCCAUGUCAUCCGCAAAGACUGUGGAGAAGAACUGUCACCAGUGAAACCCAUUCCUGUUGGGGAAGGGGAGAAGGCUUUCUCAUUUCCAGAGACCAUUUUCACCACUGUGACUGCAUAUCAGAAUCAGCAGAUAACAAGACUAAAAAUUGACAGAAAUCCCUUUGCUAAAGGAUUUAGAGACUCAGGACGCAACAGAAUGGGAUUAGAAGCACUUGUUGAAUCAUAUGCAUUUUGGAGACCAUCUCUCAGGACGCUGACAUUUGAAGAUAUACCUGGAAUUCCAAAACAAGGUAGUGCAGGUGCUUCUCUACUUUCAGGAUCUGGAGCUGCAAAUGGCCAUGCUCACUUGUUGCCUGGUUCACCCUGCUCCUCACCUGCAUUCCAUAUUGGUGCAAACACCAGUCAGCUUUGUGGCCUGACUCCAGCAGAUUACUCAGCAUGUGGUCGAUCAAGCCUUGCACUUAACAGAUACAGUUCAACACUAGCAGAAACAUACAGCAGACUUACAAACUCAGCAAGUGAAAGCUUUGCAACACCAAGGACCCCUUCAUAUGUUGGCAUGACAAGCAGCGCUGCGGUGAACAUGUCCAUGGCCGGAAAUGACAAUGAAACUUUUGGAUGUCCCCAAACAAGUUUAUCAAUGCAGAUUUCAGGAAUGUCUCCACAGCUCCAAUACAUUAUGCCUUCUCCAACGAGUAAUGCCUUUAAUACCAGCCAACCACACCAAAGCUCUUACAAUGCAUUCAGAUUACACAGCCCAUGUGCUUUGUAUGGGUACAACUUUUCUACAUCACCGAAACUGGCCUCUAGCCCUGAAAAAAUUCUCUCUUCACAAGGAAGUUUUUUAGGUUCUUCUCCAAGUGGUACCAUGACUGAUCGACAGAUUCUCCAACCUGUGGAAGGUAUGCACCUCCUAAGCAGUGCUGGACAGCAGAAUUUCUUUGACUCUAGAAAUCUUGGAGGUUUAACUCUUUCCUCUUCUCAAGUAUCUGCACAUAUGGUUUAAUGGAAUGCACAGUGGGAAUGUGUUUUCUCCCUUACAAGAACAUCUCUUUCUAUCAAUUAGUAUGUAUAUAUUUUAUAACGGAAUGCACUAAACCUAUCUUUAUUAACUCCA